ACUUUUCCACCAAAAUUACAAUCUUCUUCUUCCACCACCACCACCACCACCACCACUGACGGCGGCGCUGCAAAUUCUCAUUCCUUCAGAACUCUUCGACCUCAAAACUCUCAUCCAUGGGGAAUUGCAACGCGUGCAUCCGACCUCCCGAAACGGAGCCCCCAAAUUCAAAACCCCGCAAAAACCACCGCGGCGAGCACUUCCCCAAUCCCUACUCCCGAUCCCCGGCUCCGAUCCGCGUGCUGAAGGACUUCAUGCCGCGCACGCGGAUCUCCGACAAGUACGUCCUCGGCCGCGAGCUCGGCCGUGGCGAGUUCGGCGUCACCUACCUCUGCACCGACCGCGAGACGCGCGAGGCGCUCGCGUGCAAGUCCAUCUCGAAGAAGAAGCUCCGCACCGCGGUCGACGUCGAGGACGUCCGCCGCGAGGUGGCGAUCAUGUCGAGCCUGCCGGAGCACGCCAACAUCGUGAAGAUGCGCGCCGCCUACGAGGACAGCGAGGCUGUGCACCUCGUGAUGGAGCUCUGCGAGGGCGGAGAGCUCUUCGACAGGAUCGUGGCGCGGGGACACUACAGCGAGAGGGCGGCCGCCACCGUCGCCAAGACCGUAGCUCAGGUCGUCCGGAUGUGCCACCAGAACGGCGUUAUGCAUAGAGAUUUGAAACCGGAGAAUUUCCUCUUCGCUAACAAGAAGGAGAAUUCGGCUCUCAAAGUCAUCGAUUUCGGCUUGUCGGUCUUCUUCAAGCCUGGUGAAAGGUUUUCUGAAAUCGUGGGAAGUCCGUAUUAUAUGGCGCCGGAGGUAUUGAAGCGAAAUUAUGGACCUGAAGUUGAUAUAUGGAGUGCUGGAGUGAUUCUGUAUAUUCUAUUGUGUGGUGUUCCUCCGUUUUGGGCAGAAAGCGAGCAAGGUGUGGCGCUUGCGAUUUUGAGAGGCGUGAUUGAUUUCAAAAGGGAGCCAUGGCCACAGGUUUCUGAAAGUGCAAAAAGCCUUGUUAGGCAAAUGCUGGAACCAGACACCGAAAAGCGUUUGACAGCUGAGCAGGUUCUUGAGCAUCCAUGGAUACAAAAUGCGAAAAAGGCUCCAAAUGUACCUUUGGGGGAUAUUGUAAGAGCAAGACUCAAACAAUUUUCUGUAAUGAACAGAUUCAAGAAGAAAGCUCUGAGGGUAAUCGCGGAACAUUUGUCUGUUGAAGAGGUAGAAAUAAUUAGAGAUAUGUUCGCAUUGAUGGAUACUGAUGAUGAUGGGAAGGUAACAUUUGAGGAACUAAAAGCUGGUUUGAGGAAAGUGGGUUCCCAGCUUGCAGAUCCUGAGAUAAGGCUACUAAUGGAUGUGGCUGAUGUUGAUGGGAACGGUGUGUUGGACUAUGGAGAAUUUGUGGCUGUUACAAUCCACCUACAGAGGAUGGAGAACGACGAGCAUUUCCGCAAAGCAUUUACGUUCUUCGACAAAGAUGGGAGUGGGUACAUAGAACUAGACGAGCUACGAGAAGCUUUAGUGGACGAUUCAGGUGAACCCGAACUUGAUGUACUUAACAACAUCAUGGGCGAAGUUGAUACUGACAAGGACGGGAAAAUCAGCUACGAUGAGUUUGUGGCAAUGAUGAAAACAGGGACGGACUGGAGAAAGGCCUCGCGACAGUAUUCGAGAGAAAGAUUCAAGAGCUUGAGCUUAAACUUGAUGAAAGAUGGCUCUCUACAGCUGCAAGAUGGUUUUACAGGUCAAACUGUCGUAGUUUAACAUUUUCAGUUCGCUGUAUGCUUUCGGUUACUGCCAAUCCCACCUGUUGCUGCAAACUGGAAAGAAAACCGGUUAUUUCUUGAAGACCUGAGGCUUCUGAAAGCGGAGGAGGCUUGAGGACGAGAUUCGUUGUGAUUCUGUAUUCUUGGUUCGCGAUGCUUCCUUGGUGGGAGAUGGGUUCGAUGAGCAGAGGAAUUUUCAGGGAUAGGUAAAGAGGCUGUGCCCAUGUUUGUGCUGUAUAUUUUAGCAAUCUGUAUACUGUCUCACAUGUGUGUGUAUACGUGAUUUGAAAUGUUAAACGUUGAUUCAUUUAUUCAAUGAUUUAUUGUAAUAA